AAUGAAGUGAAGUUGUUUCCAUCGCGGUGUAACACAUGGUUUAAGUGGAAGUGGAUACUUGUAGUAGGCCUAUAGGCUAUUUCAGGUUUAAUGUGUAAUCACAGAGUGCGUGUGGCAGAGCUCUCGGUGCUACCCAUAGACUGUAUAUUAUGGUGCUACCGUAGCCACGGUUUCACAUUGCGGGCGCGUGCUCGUGUGCGCGCUCACACCGGCUAUUGUGUUUUUUAUCAACAAGGAGAGGAGACCACCGUGGCCUUCUUUACGGGGAACUGAGCUGGCGAACUGAACCCCAAGGACUGCGAAACCAUGGCGGACGAACAAGAAAUCAUGUGCAAAUUAGAAAAUAUCUUGGAAAUACGGAACAAGACUGUCCAGAUGCAGAAGAUCAAGUCCCGUCUUAAGGUUGAGUUUGAGGCUCUGGAAUCUGAGGAGAAGCACCUGAAAGAGUACAAACAAGAGAUGGAUCUGCUUCUACAAGAGAAAAUGGCCCAUGUGGAGGAGCUGCGACUCAUCCAUGCAGAUAUCAAUGUGAUGGAGAGCACCAUCAAGCAGUCGGAGAAUGACCUGAAUAAGCUGCUAGAGACAACUCGCCGCCUACAUGAUGAGUACAAACCUCUGAAGGAGCAUGUUGAUGCCCUCAGGAUGACUUUAGGUCUACACAGACUCCCUAACCUGAACGAAGAAGAGGAGAAGCUCUCCCUGGAUUACUUUGAGAAGCAGAAAGCAGAGUGGCAGAAGGAGCCACAUGAGCCCGCCAUCCCAGAAUCCCUCGCUGCCGCUGCAGCAGCAGCACAGCAGCUUCAGGUUUCCAGGAAGCAAGAUGCACGCCAGACGGCCACCUUCAGACAGCAACCCCCACCUAUGAAGGCUUGCCUGUCCUGCCACCAGCAGAUUCAUCGUAAUGCUCCCAUCUGCCCAUUGUGCAAGGCCAAGAGCCGCUCCCGCAACCCAAAGAAGCCCAAGAGGAAGCCGGAUGAGUAGCUCCCACUCUACCUUCAGCUUCUGUGGGUUUAAAGGGACCUGGUCCAAUACACUGAUCUAAGAUCAGCCAUUUAUGACUGAAAUAACAGAUCUGUGCUUCAGGACAAUUUCCACAAACAGUCCCCAUUUUAACAAGUCUUUCAUGAACUGUCAACUGAAAUUGAUGGAGGAUCCGGUAAUGUCAUUCUGUUGUUUGUUUUUAUCAGUGCUUUGGAUGUGUUUAUAUGUAACUGUAUGACUUGUAUAUUAGGUUUACUAGGCCGUAACCAUGUAACUGCAAUAAUGCAAAAAGGAACUUGAUAAACUGUCCACAUCAUUUUGCCCAUGUUUUUUUGCCUUAGAUAUUGUACUGUACUUUCUAAUUUUUUGCAAUGCAUGUGUGCUUCCAUGGCUGUCUGUUGUGUAUUGUUUGUGCCAAUGAAAAAACAAAUAGGUUUAAUUGAAGUUAAAUAGAAUACAUUCUUUUAAUGUUUACAUUGUUCAAGUGACCACAAACAGGCCAGAGUCAUCUGCUCUGAAUAGUGUCGUGUGUUUAACUUUAAUACAGUGAUAAGUAAAUAAAUAGAUGUUUUAUACUAACCUUA